GUGGAUCCAAGAUGGCGGCAUCGGGGGCGACGGAAAGGCUGAUGUGUUUGCUGAUGCUGCUUGCGCUCUUUCAUGAAACAAGCUCCUUCUAUGUACCAGGUGUAGCUCCAAUUAACUUCCACCAGAAGGACCCUGUAGAAAUCAAGGCUGUGAAGCUCACCAGUUCACGAACCCAGCUGCCAUAUGAGUACUAUUCCUUGCCUUUCUGCCAACCCAACAAGAUAACGUACAAGGCUGAGAAUCUGGGUGAGGUUCUGCGGGGGGACCGGAUAGUAAACACGCCAUUCCAGGUCUUCAUGAACAUAGAGAAGAAAUGUGAGGUUCUGUGCAACUUUCCCAACAAGCCAGUCACCCUGACAGUGGAACAGAGCAAGCUGAUUGCAGAGCGUAUCCGGGAGGAUUACUAUAUCCAUCUUAUUGCUGAUAACUUGCCUGUGGCCACGCGGCUGGAGUUCUAUUCAAAUCGUGAGGAGGAGGAGAAGAAGAAGGAAAAAGACGUGCAGUUUGAGCAUGGAUACAGGCUUGGUUUCAUGGACAGUAAUAAGUUCUACCUGCACAACCACCUCUCCUUCAUCCUUUACUACCACAGAGAGGAGGUGGAGGAGAAUCAGGAGCCCACCUACAGGGUUGUGCGUUUUGAAGUGGUUCCCCAGAGCAUUAAACUUGAAGAUCUGAAGGCAGAUGAGAAGGGCACUUGUAUGCUGCCUGAAGCUGCAGGCUCAGCCCCUCAGGAGAUAGAUCCCACUAAGAAGAACCAGCUGCUCUUCACCUACUCUGUCCACUGGGAGGAGAGUGACAUUAAAUGGGCUUCUCGCUGGGACACCUACCUGACCAUGAGUGAUGUGCAGAUCCACUGGUUUUCCAUCAUUAACUCAGUCGUGGUUGUCUUUUUCCUUUCAGGUAUUCUCAGCAUGAUCAUUAUCCGCACUCUCAGGAAGGACAUUGCCAACUACAACAAGGAAGAUGACAUUGAAGAUACAAUGGAGGAAUCUGGUUGGAAACUUGUGCAUGGAGAUGUCUUUAGGCCUCCACAAUAUCCCAUGAUUCUCAGCUCACUACUGGGCUCUGGAAUUCAACUCUUUUGCAUGAUCCUGAUAGUUAUCUUUGUUGCCAUGCUGGGGAUGCUGUCGCCUUCUAGCCGGGGCGCCCUGAUGACUACAGCCUGCUUUCUCUUCAUGUUCAUGGGGGUUUUUGGUGGGUUCUCUGCUGGCCGUCUUUAUCGGACGCUAAAAGGCCACAGAUGGAAGAAAGGCGCCUUCUGUACGGCAACCCUGUACCCUGGUGUAGUCUUCGGGAUCUGCUUUGUCCUGAACUGUUUCAUAUGGGGGAAGCACUCCUCUGGAGCGGUUCCUUUCCCCACCAUGGUGGCCCUGCUCUGCAUGUGGUUCGGUAUCUCCUUGCCCUUGGUCUACCUGGGAUACUACUUUGGAUUUCGCAAACAGCCAUAUGAUAAUCCUGUGCGGACCAAUCAGAUUCCAAGGCAGAUCCCGGAGCAGAGGUGGUACAUGAACAGAUUUGUUGGGAUUCUUAUGGCUGGCAUUCUCCCUUUUGGAGCCAUGUUCAUUGAACUGUUCUUCAUCUUCAGUGCGAUCUGGGAGAACCAGUUCUAUUACCUCUUUGGCUUUCUCUUCCUGGUUUUUAUAAUCCUGGUGGUAUCCUGCUCCCAAAUCAGCAUCGUUAUGGUGUACUUCCAGCUCUGUGCUGAGGAUUAUCGCUGGUGGUGGAGGACCUUCUUGGUUUCUGGUGGAUCUGCCUUCUAUGUACUGAUUUAUGCCAUCUUUUACUUUGUGAAUAAGCUGGAUAUCGUUGAGUUCAUUCCCUCCUUACUCUAUUUUGGCUACACUGCUCUCAUGGUCCUGUCUUUCUGGCUCCUCACUGGCACCAUUGGCUUCUACGCAGCCUACAUGUUUGUCCGUAAGAUCUACGCUGCGGUGAAAAUAGACUGAAGAUGCACAGACUCAGCACAAAGCAGACACCUCUGUGUGCAUUUCCUCCUGGAA